AUGGUUACAGUCCAAACCAGCACAUGUGCAUUCCAUGUGGACCUUGGAGUACUCUCGGAGUGCAGCGAGUACUUCCGAGCCUUGUCCCAGUCCAGAAUGAGAGAGACCUCAGAGAGCCUCAUCCACUUGGAACAUGUGUCCUCCUCUGUCUUCCACAAUCUCCUUGAGUUUUCCUUCCAUAACAACUUUAAUGUCCCUCAGGAGGAGUUGGACACACACAUCCAGGUCAGCAGCUAUCUGCUGGCUGAGGCCUUCCUCUCAAAGUGCCUGUCAGUCCUCGCAGACGAACUCAGCCCAGCAAACUGUUUAUCCUAUCUGGGUCUGGCUAAAGAGAUCUGCAGUGUGGAGCUGAAGACGACAGUGUUCACCUACCUGGCUAUAAACCUUCUGGAGCUGCCUUACCUCAUCAAGUGUCUGAACGAUGCAGAGAAGGAUGAGGUUGUCCACCUGAGGACACAAGGAGACAGACGUCUCUGCAGCCUUAGAAAAGAGAACCUGACUUCCUGGAAGGACCCAGAAACUGAACGUGCCCGACAUAUGUUCACCCUGAAUGGGUCAGAGGACAGAGGAGAUUGGUAUCCAGUCACAGAGCUUCCUUUCACGGCUGAUAAGUGGUGUUUCACUACAGUGGUCCUGUAUAACUACCUGUACAUCAUAGGAGGCUACCGGCACCGUGUCAAGAGAGGCUGGGAGUUCAAGAUGGCUUCUUUAAGGUAUAAUCCCUAUACUAAUACAUGGGUCACCACAGCUCCUCUGAUUAAGCACAGAAGGCACUUCAGUGCUGUGGCCUGUGAAGGCUGUAUUUACGCUGUGGGAGGCUGGUACUUGGACUCACUGGUGACCCCAGAUUCCAGCACAGCUCUUUAUACAGCUGUAGAACGCUACGACCCAUGGAAGGACACAUGGAGGUUUGUCUCCUCACUGCCGCUCACUGACUUCCAGUUCACCAUGUCCUUGUCCCAUGAUGUGCCUCUUGCCACUAGUCUUGGACACUGUCUCUAUGUGUUGGGGAGCAUCCAGAGGACUGGAGAGAAGCUGCUGCUGCAGUACAACACAAGACAGGACUCCUGGUCUGAACUGCUUCCCACCCUUACCAGAUCAGAUGCAGACAUACCUACACUUUACCUCCUGUGUGCCACUGACAGGCUGCUUGUGAUUGGUGGGAACAACUCAGAAAAUGUGGUGACAUCAUUCUGUGUGCAGUCACAGAGGUGGGGACAGGUGCACAGGGCUGAGAAAGUGGCGUUUGCAGGACAGGGGACGGUGGUAGGUGACCAGGUCUUGAUGCCAAGUAUAGAACACAACAGUGUUGCAAGGAUGGAUCUCCAAACUCUUUCCCUCAGAGUUCUUCCUCCUUUACCCAUAUCCACCCGCUACGAAGCUGUCUUUUAUCUUCACUUUUAAUGAAAUAGCUAUCUUUUCUUUUUUCUUGCUAUACUGUGUGCAAUAUAAUGUAAUCAUUCUUAAAAUAAGAAGUAAGAAGAAUUCAUAGGUGGAUUUUCAUUUUCUCUUGUGUUUAAAAUAUCAGUCCUUAGGGCAGAUACUCUUAGACUUUAUUGUGAAUUAUAAUUGCUUUUGACCAUGGAUCGAGUUGGACUUCAAUACUUAUAUUGCUUUUAAGGAAAAUGGACUAAUGCAGUGUUUGUAUCUGUGUAGUCUGUAUGCAUACUCUCUGCUGUCUGCUGCCCCCUUGUAUGUGAGAUUCAAAAUCUCAACAUGAUUUUUCUUUUAGGUUUAUUAUGGUUAUUUAUGAAUAGGAAUCUGGAUAUGGUAUCCUGAAAUGUAAGAUAUAGUUCCUUUGUUUAUUUUGUGUAUAUUUAUGCUUUUG